AUGGAUCGUGUUACGUCGUUUAUCUCGGAAUACUUUCCACGACUCCCCAGUCAUGUAAUAUUGGAGGUAUUGAGCUAUUUGCCUGCCAGCUACCUAACUGAGUUCAUGAUGAAAUGGAAUAAUGAAAUAACAGAAUUGAUACUAGAGGAGUAUUUUUCCAAGGAAAUGCAUCUAAUGUUGUCUCCCACGUACUUUCCACAUAGAUGCAAGUAUCCAGAUCAUAUAAAACGGCUAGUUGACUUUGAAAGUUUUGGAGAGAUCGAUGAGUUUUUGAGCGAGUUCCCCAAUGUUAACCCCAGACGGUUGGUUUUCAUAACGGGGGGAGAUUUCCGGUCGUUGGAGCAGUUGCUCCUCAGUUAUCGUGAACGGUUUAUUGGUAAAUCGUGUGAAAUUGAUUUGUAUAUCGAACGAUAUGAACUUGAUGAUAAGGAUUUAGAGUUGAUUACAUCAUUUCCUAAUGUGAGGAAGCUACAGUUCUCACGGGCUACUAUGGCCAAAACAGUGGGAGCUUUGACAAACCAUCUAUCCAAACUCCUGAAUCUUCAAGAGCUUGUUUUCCUCGGACACAAGAUUAUUGAUUGGUCCUAUAUAAACUUUCCACCAAACCUCAAACAUCUCGACAUAUCCUGGUAUGAACAUCUUAACGUUAAUACGAUCAACGUGCCUGAUUCGGUUACAGACUUAUUUUGGAAUAGAUCAGGCUUGAAUAGUGGAAAACUUUACAGGACAAUAUUUCCUGCUAAUUUGAAGACAUUGAUGCUCACGUAUAACAAUUUAACAAAUAUCGAUGUAUCUAAACUACCGGCGACGCUAGAAACUAUUGAUCUACUGUAUAAUAGCAUUAGCAGUUUUACUUCUGAAUCAUCUGAUAAAGCAUGGCCCGCAAACUUGAAGUCCAUCUUAUUGUCGCAUAAUGAUAUGACUGAUUCGUGUCUAGAAUUGCUUUCAGAGUUGGCUUGGCCAGUUGACUUGAAAAACUUAAGGCUCGAUAAUAACCGGUUCACGAGCUUGGUUAACCUAAAGUAUUUACCAGACCAAUUAGAAUACUUAGAUCUAUCAUUCACCCCACUUAAAUCAUUAGAUAUUUCACCAACCGACUCAACGCUGAACAGCUACUCAAGCUUCAGGUUCCCAGAAUUUUUAGAUACCUUACAUCUUUCCAAUUGUUAUCAUCUAGACUUUUCCGGUUACCUGGCAACCAACAGAAUCACCUUUCCCUUUUACAUGACGUCUCUUAACCUUGACGAUUGCAACAUUAUGGAUUUACAGGUAUUUGAAUUCCCCAAGUCUAUCAAGAAACUAUCCAUAUCCGGCAACAAGAUUGAAGAUCUCACAUCGUACAAUUUGACUAUCGAUGAAGGAAAUGGACCCAAAGACGUUGUCAAUUGGAACCAGUUGGUGCAUCUAGUAGACCUAGAAUUGUAUCUCAACAAGAUACAGACGUUAGACGCGUGGGACGUCCCUCCUAGUUUACGAAGCUUGGACAUAAGACUCAAUUUCAUCUCAUUUAUCUCAACCAAAGCUCCCCUUUUCUCGUCAGACCACACCCAAUCUACAAAAAAUUUACAUGUGUUGAAAUUAAGCGACAACAAUAUCAAGAAAAUCGCAUCCGAUAUCUCUUUACCACCCAAUAUUAAGGUAUUGUCCUUAGACAGAAACCACUUGGUAGACGAAUUCGUAUUCCCCGAAAGUUUUGUCAGUAGCCAUAGUCUUGAGGAGCUAGGCUUGAGUAUGUGCGGUCUUCACAAGCUUACAUUCAAAUCGCUGCCUACACGUAACCACCAAUUGAAAAAAUUGGAUCUUACUGAUAACUAUCUUCUUUACGAAGCUUCAGACAUGAGACAAUCCAUUAAUGAGUUUUACGACGAGCUAGAACUCGGUUUGGGGGUCAAAAUGUCCAAACGGAAAUUCCGUGUCAAUAGCAUACAUACAUUUGUUUGA